CGUUUGUGAGAAGACUACCAUUAGCCGGAACACCAAAUUCCCAAUUUGUUAGAGACUCUCAUAGUCAUAGUUCUCUCACAUACAUAGAUAAAAAUGGCAGUUGGGCUCUCCUUUCCAAUUCCUGUAUCAGCCUUCCCAACAUCACCCAAAACCACUCAAUCAAAUCUCUCUGCACAAAUCAAGCCCACUCCCAUUUGUACCCAAUUCAUCAAAUCCACAACAAUCACGAUUAGGAGGAGAAAAUCCUUGUUCUUCAUCAAAGCCAUCGACAACAACGAGCUCGAAUCUGAAUCCGAGUCUGAAUCCGAAACUGCAAGUGCCCAACAGAGCGCUUCAACUGAUCCACCACAACCGGAUAGUCUGUCGGAAUUGGGUUCGGAGAUCAAGAAAGCGAUGAAGGAGAGAGAACAGAGACGGGGCAAAGAUGGAGACUUUUGGAGCGGAGUCACUGAGGAAGUCAGAGAGAUCGAGUGGCCGGCUUUUGGGAAAGUCUUGGGAAUUACUGGGGUCGUGCUCGGUGUCAUCGCCGGCUCGAGUGUUGUUUUGCUCACUCUCAAUGCCGUUUUGGCCGAAUUCUCCGAUCGGGUCUUCGCCGGAAGAGGGGUUCAGGAUUUCUUUUAGUUGAUGAGAAGAAGAAGAUAAGGAAUUGGCUAUUGAGUGAUUUAGUGUGGGAGGUUCUACCUCCUCACCCAACUCUUGAUACUCAAAUCAGGACAAGUGGAAGGGAAAUUUCUCAAUUUUGUGGGCCACAAUGGGUGGGUCCCAUGGCACCCUUUUAGUGUUGAAUGCCAAGAAGCUUUUCAAGUAUUCAUUCUUGUGUGUAAUUUUGUUUGACAUAGAUCUCUGCUCUCACAUUUUUCCAUCGAAGAACACUAUUUAAGCCCUUGUACACAUUUCGGUCUCAUUGGAAACAAUUUGUGACU